AAAAAACUGGAUUGCAAUUUUUGAGUUCCGGCGAAAAAUCUACACCGAGUUCCACUCUGUGGUUCCAAUAAUCAAGCCAUCUUUAAACAUGUCGGAAUGUAAUGUAGACGAUGCUGCUUCUAAUGAAGCUUGGGUACCAUUUAAAGACAGACCAGAAUGGAGAGAUCUGAAACCUAUUCCACAGGAUGAUGGACCUGAUCCAGUGGUGCAAAUAGCUUAUUCUGAACAAUUUCGAGAAGUCUAUGACUACUUUCGGGCUAUCAUUGCUGCUGAUGAAAAGUCAGAACGAGCCCUUAGUUUAACAAAAGAAGCUGCAGAACUGAAUCCAGCAAAUUAUUCUGUUUGGAAUUACCGUAGAAACAUUCUGCAAGAGUUGAACAAAGAUCUUAAAGAAGAACUGAAAUACAUAUCUCAAGUCAUUGAAGACAAUCCUAAGAAUUAUCAAGUUUGGCACCACAGACGUGUUAUUGUUGAAUGGUUAGAGGAUGUUACAGAUGAACUCAAGUUCACUGAAAAAAUUCUUAAAGAAGAUGCUAAAAAUUACCAUGCUUGGCAACACAGGCAAUGGUGCAUUCAACAGUUUUCACUGUGGGAUCAAGAAUUAGAUUAUGUUGAUAGGCUACUUAAAGAGGAUCUUCGUAACAAUUCAGCUUGGAACCAGAGACACUUUAUCAUAAAGAAUACAACAGGAUACACAGAUGAAAUCAUUAAAAAGGAAUUGAAGUAUUCACAAGAUUUCAUAAGAAAAGCUCCCAACAAUGAGAGUGCCUGGAAUUACAUGAAAGGAGUUCUUCAGGAACGCAAACUAUUUGACUUUCCUGGUGUAUUAGAAUUUUGUCAUGAAUUGUAUUCUAAGCAAAUCAGAUCUCCAUUUCUCAUUGCCUGUAUGAUUGAUUGCUAUGAAGAGAUGUUGGAGCUGGGAAAGCCAAAGAAAGAAGAAACUCUUCAAAAAGCUACCCAGUUGUGCAAUGAGCUAGCUGAAGAACAUGACACCUUGCGUCGGGAAUACUGGCAAUACAUUGCUCGGUCUCUGGCCUCCAAGUAUGGUGCUGAUGUCUCUGGUGACUCUUAGCUGCCCACCAACAAGCACUUAGCAGUGUUACGCAAUGAAUGUGAUAAGUACUAGCAGAGAAAUGGCUUCAUGUGUUCCCAACCUACUAAAGGUGCUAUCACUUAUCUUUUGCAUUCCCUGAUAUCAUACUAUCUAUCUAGUAUAAAUAUUUAUUUUCUGAUGUUUUAAACAGUUAAAGUCCAACCUUUAUACCAAUCUGUUUGAAAAAUGUGAAAUACUUACAAAUGAGAUAGGGGAGAAACAGAUAUAACUCCUGAUAAAGCUAAAGAUAUGUUUUAUAAAUGACUCCAUUCAUACUUUGUACAUACUAGCAUUUUUAAGAACAUAAAUAAUUUUCAGCCACAAUGUUUUUCAAGUUGGAUGCAUUGGCUUCUUACAGCUAAAUACGUUUGUCUUUUUUUUUCACCAUUUCACUUGCUCAGGUAGAAAACCAAAGAAAUGAAAUGUUUAGUUGUCUAGGACUUUUUCCCCUCCAUUUUUUUGUAGUCAUUCCUUAUCCUUCUGUUUAUCUUGUUUUCCCCACCCGUUCUUCUUGUUUUCAUUUCUUGCUUUCAGCUAUGGGUCUCUGUAUCAAGUAACACUAGUGUAGGAUAUAAUCAUGUGUGCAGCCCUUAAGAAAUUAAUGUGCAAUAAAGCUUAUGUCCCUUGCUUGUGUUUGAUUUUAACAAAUAUAUUCGUCUUGUGAGUCUUUUCCUUGGAGCUCAGUAGUUUUGUUUUUUUCUUAAAUCCACUUCCUUUUAGUAGUUAGAAACUUCAACCAACCAAUAGAUUUUGUUUUAUACAGAUGACUUUAGAAACAUUACAUCAAAUGUUUAGUUAGAUGAUAUAUGUCAAAUUUUACAGAAUUCUAUAUUCAGUAAAUGACAGGAUGAUAAAAGAUUAUCAAAUUUAGCAACUUUAAUUAAAGCUAGCAUUGAUUUUAAAGGUUUGAAAUUGUUUUCUUUAUUGUAUGAAUAUAUAUAUAUAUAUAUAUAUAUAUAUAUAUGUUUUCAAGUUUUGUGUGUUGAAUAUUAAGAUUGAAUUAUAAUUUGUUAUUUUGUGUGUGUGUGUCAAUAAAUUCUGCUCAUUUGAACAGUUCAAUAUUGAGAUUUGUAAGACAUACCUGAUGUUAAUAUUAUAAAAUCAAUCUUCAUGUAAAAGAAUAGUUAUGUGUUUUAUUAACAGAUUUAAUAUGAUGAUGGCUCACUAACUUAACAGUAUGUUUAAUUGAACAUUAUUUAUUAAAGUAGUAUUCAUUAGAUUGUGAAUUGUGUGGCUCAGUUGCUUUUUUUUAAUGGAUGGAGUGUAUUUGUUUUUCAAAAAAAAGAUACCUACCCAUAAUUUAUUUUGUUACAUUAAUUAUAUUUAAAAAUUUUAAGACUGAAUUAUUUAGCUACCAUCAAUAUAUUUUUUUUACCUCUACGCAAGUGGGUGCCCUUUUCUUUUGUUAGCCUUUCCAUUUUCAAAAUAUUUGUAAGCUGUAUUUGAACUAGUUCAAAUUGGUUUUAAUGUUUAUUUUGAUUGAAUACUUGUAUUGGUGCUUCAGUGAGAUGUAUCUUUUGUAUGAGCUGUUGCUAUCCCAAUAAACUUAGUGAUGAACUCAAGAA